AUGUAUGCCACUAGCCCUAUAACUCAUGCAUCCGAACUAUCAUUUCGACAGCGAAGUUAUUCGCUGUCAAAGAAUUUGGGAGAUCUACGAAAACUUAACAAUAGAAGCACAUCUUCUGUACUGGAGUCUACUGACACCACUGCUCCUUCAGAAAAGGAGCUAAUCACAUACAUUUUUCCAGAUUUUUCUGCAGCAGAAUAUUUCCAGAAGGAUUUUGCCAUGUUGAAUGAGUUCCACGUCAUGGAAGAAUCGGAGGCGGUGGGAUUCGAGAUAUAUUUGGUUGAUCAAUGGGUUCGCCAUAGGAAGAUUGGAACUGUCGUUUCAGUAUACAAUGGUAACUAUGAAUCUAAGGUGAAGGUUGUGAAGUUCACGAUACGAAAAAUGCCCAUAAAACGAUACCCGCCCCGCUUUCAGGAGUACCUAAAUGAAAUGAUUCUGAACCAUGCAGCGUUCAAGAAAAUGAACUCUGUUUCUAAGGAGCAGUCAAACAGUGCAGAUACCGGAGAAACUGUAGGUGAGUUUCUUUUGGUCACUAAUAUCGCAGUUCUACCCUCAAACGUUAAUUUAGUCGCUAUUGCGAACGGUGAUGUCAGGGAAAUAAAAUCCACAUUUUACAUUAAUUCCAACUUGAAGAAGCUUAAUUGUGCUGGUCGCUCCUUAUCUCUCACAAUGGAAAAGGUAUCAGAUGCGUCUGAAGACAAAUUUAGACAGAUGUAUCGGAUUUUCAACUCGUCAGUGCCUAUUCGGUUUGCGAUUUGCGAGCUUGUUAACUUAAUUCAAACAUGUUUGUUUUACUAUGAUCUUCUUGAUGCAAGGUACUGUGAUGGACUUCUCUGUCAAAAAACGGAGGAUGCUAUCAACAACUGGUGGAACUUAAUUGGAUUGCCACACUUCAACGCUAAACCAAACCCAAGAAUUGGUAUUCUUCCAUCGAAAACAGUCGCAGCUAUCAUAAGUUUGACCGUCAGCGUAAAGAUGCGUCUCCACAUCUUCGGUGGAUGCGAUGUACCAAAAGAUCCAUUUGAUUUUGAAAAUUUUAUGAUUUCCAUUGGUCAAUUUCAGAAACAAGUUAAGCUAGAAAAGAAAAGAAAGCUCAAUCUCAUAACACUUCUGCGUUUGUUUUACUACACAAAUCAGAAAUUACCUUCAGAUAAUACUAAGCAAUAUGGUGGUUUUGGCAGUGACUUGUCCUUGACGGAAGGAUCAUUCAAUGACAUAACGGACAAUUUAUCGACUUCGAAGCAUAAUUACUCUUACUCAUCAUUGCAUAAUGAUCCAACUGCUUCGGCUCUGACAGCAUCGGCUUAUCGAAGAAAUAAGCUUUACUACUCCAAAGAGUUGAAAAAACUCACAAAUGUGGUUAAGAAUACAGUCCAAGAUCAUAUUAUAGUACGAGAGGACAAUGAUGGUUUUCAUAAUGAACCGUCGAAGACAGGCUCGAAGUUGAGAAAUAAAAUUGCCUCUAAAUUAACUGAACUGAUUACUCCCAAUGAUGUCGAGACUACCGAUUUGGAUAUAUUAGUGAGGAAAUUUUUAGUGGGUAAGACUUUACUAAGAUUAUGGAAAGGACUUCCCAAAUCUGCAGACAGCACCUCAUUCACCGUGGAUGAUAAGCUACUGCACCAACACCAUGAUCACCAUGGCGCGUCACGUCAUAAAAGACCUCGCUCUUAUGACUUCUCUCACCCAACUGGCAUUGCAGAGGAUUCACGGUAUCAAUUCAUCAGUCUUAAGGACGCGAUUGUGAUGAAUCAGGAAUUAUCAAGCUUGCAUUCUGAGAAGGCAUCAGGACGUCUUGGCCGCAUGAAAUUUGCAUUUCAAGGACGUAGAUCUAAUCCUAUUUACGAGAUUGAUGCUUAUUCUUCGAAUACUGGACAAUUCAAGAGCAAAUCGUACUCUAGCGGUGACCAGGUCGAAUCUGUUAUUCUGGAAGCAAAUGAAUGCAAGAAUGCACCCGAGGAUAACACGAAAUCAAAACCUUGCACUUCUGAGAAACUAAAGGAGGAUUUCCGGGGCCUCAUGACUAGACGAAGCUCUUUUCCCAUUCUAUACAAUGGAGUGGACGUUAACAUAACUACAGCUGAAACGUUGCAGAUAAAACCUCCCGAUGUGAAAUCACUCCGUAAAUGCGCAAGUUUUUCAGUGGUCGAGGAUUAUUUUCACUGUAAUGAUGAACUUUACAGCAAGGGAAAAAUGAAAGUGGAUUACCUUGACGAUGUGUUGGACUUAAUUAAACUUGAAAACUAUAAGAAGAACACAAACGUCAGUGGUACUGUUAAAGUUGCAAGACAUUAUAAACAGAUUAAUUAUGAGUUGGUCAAGCUUCAUGGUAUUCACAAUCGUAUGCAAAACAAGCGUCUAGUCAUAAACUCAGAAUAUUCUUCAGUUUUGGCGGGCCGGAUGAAGGAUCUCACUGAUAAUAUUGAUCGUAUGGCUUUUAGGUGCCGCGAUCUCACGAAGAAAAUUAACGAAUUGGAAGAAAACUCAAAAAUUUUUAAUUUCAAAUUGCAAGACACAUGUGUUGGUAAGCUCGAUGGUGUCAUUGGCGGCUUAAUCAAAUCCAGUAAGUUUUUACUUGUGUUUAAUGAUGAGGAAGAACGCAAGAAGCUCAUUUUUGAUCUAAGCGGUAAGGAGUACGUUGAAGAAAGCAAUGGUGAAACGGAGAAUUCGUAUUUCGGCCUCAGGUCGCUUGCGAUAUUCUUGUACGAGCUGUUUAUUUUCUUCCUACACUUUUUUGACUUUGACCGCUCGAAGAUGAACCUUGAACGUAUUCGCCGCUCAUACAAAAUGGUGGACCCCAAUAGAAGAUAUAUUGACCGUGCAUAUACUUUUGUUAGAAGAGACUCGGCUCCUUUAGAUACAGCAAUGUCGCCGAAUGCGCCAAAUUCUGAAGAGAUGAACAAUAGUUAG